AUCGACUUCUGGUAGAGUUGAGGUAGAUGCUGAUAGGGGAAGGUCUCUGUUACGCCCAGCCAAUUUAGAUGCAGUAAUGGGUAGUUACAGAAGGAGGGCUUCUCCCAGCCCAAGUUCCCAUGGUGGGACUGAUGAUUAUAGGCAUUUGAAACAAGACGAUUUGAGUUGUAGAGAUCUGAUGACAGAGCAGAGGUCCAAAGCAGCUUCAACAAGAGAGGUAACUAGUUUUUCUGAAACAUCUGAGAGGGGUGCUAAGUACAGAUCCACAGAGAAAUCAAGUAGGGUGGAAGAGGGCUAUUCUGGGGAGUUCGAGAGGUCCUCAAGUUUAAAAGCUUCCCCAAUGAGUAUGAUGGAAAAAUCCCCUUCAACAAGUCUUGAGUGUAGAUAUACGAGUAGAAGUGGUGUUAGGCGGGGUCUUGAUAUAGAGGAGACAGGAUGGAGCAGUGCCUCCGUUGGUGGCAGAGAAGAGGAUAAUAGACUUACUCGAGACUUACCUCCUGAGAAGCCUCUUUUGGAUGGAUCCUCUCAAUCAGAUUCUGCGUUUUAUAAUAGAGCUGGUCAGGGCAACUCAUCUUUGAAUUCUCAGCCACCUGGUUUAAGAUCUGGAGUUGGCAGUCCUUUCAUGAGUUCUCUAGAAGAAGAUAUUAGAUUUAAUAAUAGUGGCCGUUACAAGCGGGGUGAUCUGAAUGUUAGGAGAGGCCAUGCAAAUGCUUGGAGGGGUGCCCCAAACUGGCCACCACCCGUUCCAAAUGGUUUCAUCCCAUUCCAACCUGGGCCACCCCAUGGUGGUUUUCAAAUGAUGCCACAGUUUCCUUCCCCAUCUCUGUUUAAUGUGAGACCCUCAAUGGAUGUUAAUCACUCUGGGAUUCCAUAUCAUAUACCUGAUUCCGAAAGGUUUAACAAUCAUAUGCGUCCAAUGUGCUGGCAAAAUAUGAUGGAUGGCUCUUCUCCUGCCCAUUUUCAUGGUUGGGAUGGUCACAAUGUUAUUUAUAGGGAAGAAGGGCACAUGCUUGGGGGUCCUGAAUGGGACCAGAAUAGGCAUCCAGUGAAUGGUCGAGGAUGGGUCACCAAUUCAGAUGUGUGGAAAGGACAAAACGCUGAUGUUGACUUGCCCUCAAUAUCUCAGAAAGAGGACCAUCCUCUGCAGGCCCCUCUUGAUGAUGUUUAUGAUGGACAGGAAUUUCAGAGGUCUCAAUAUGAAAAUGGUGAUAACAGUAUUCAGGUGAAAGGUCUUGAAAUAAGACCUGGUUUCAUGUCACCAGUUAAAGAUUCUUUUAGGAUUUCACCCGAGAUUCCACACAAGGCACCUGAUUCUCCCAAAAUAUCAAACAAAGAUGUUGAUGCUCGCUAUUGUCAGGUUUAUCUUUCUAAGCUUGACAUUUCAGCAGAACUAGCUGGUUCUGAUUUAUAUGACCAGUGUAUGGGUAUACUGAGUGCGGAGCAAAGUAAAGAUUUCACUAAAGAUGUAAAAAGGCUUGUGAAUUUGAAGAAUGGUGCACGUCCAGUGCAAAAGGCAUCCAUUGCUGUGCUCAGCCCUUCACUCAUUCCUGCAACUAAUGCUGCUAUUUUUCAGAAAGCCAUGGACAUUUACAAGAAACACAAGCUACAAGUGGGUGCUAUCCCAAAUGUCGAUGGUGGAACAUUAGCAUUUACUUCCGUGUCCACGGAGAAGGGGAAGGAGCAAAGUUCUGAUCAUGUUGUUGACGAAGCAGAGGAGCCAGUUUUGAUGCCUGAUGCAGAAAUGGUGGAUUCAACCAUGGAAGAUUUAGAUCAGCAGAAAGGGAACGCUGUUCCAGCCGCUACUUCUCACGAGAAUAUGGAACAGCUAGCUUCAAUUCAAAGGAGUGAAUUACCAAAUCAUCCGGAUAGUGCCUUUCCUGGGAAAUCAUACCAACCAAAUACUUAUAUUGAUCACAUGAAUGCUGAGGUGCCUGAACCAGUUUUGAAUGGCAAUAAGGUGGAAGAGACGGAGACGGAGACUGAGCAGCAGAUGAAUUCACUUGAUAAUGCACCAGAGCCUUUUUGUUGUCCGGCCAUUGAUGGGGAAAACUCAAAUGAUAUAAACAAAACUGAAGGUAAUAAUUCUGUAUACUGUGCCGAGGAAAGACAUACUGUUGGUGGUGCAGUUAGUUGUACUUUAAAUGAUCCUCCCAAGGAAUCAGAGAGUCAAAUUCCUGGGUCGAAUGAGUCUGGGUCCGAGUCCGUAAUUUUAAGUCGGAUACAUCAUUAUCCUGAAAAUACACAUUGAGACAAUUUCUAUAUCAUUGUUCUUCUAUUUUGUGCAUUUUUAUUUUUGCUUUUGAUGUUUUUGUUGCCUAUCGUUAUAAAGCAAAUAAAAUGAGGUAUGCCAUCUGGUUUCCUGGAUUAGGCGCAUCCAUGCA